AUGGCUUCUUCACCAACUACUCUCCGUCUUGCUGUCUGCCUCUUCGAUCAAGUUACAGCACUGGAUUACCAGGGCCCUAUAGAAAUUCUCGGAUUCUUGGACCCAAAUAACGUCAAGCCCGACGUUCCUACUCCAUCGUACCUGCUCGAAAUCACAUACCUAGCACGCACUCUUGAGCCCAUCAAGGCCACGGCAGGUCCUCGAGCACUCGCAGAUCGAACAUACGAUGAAGUGGGAGAUGGCGAACAAUUCGACUUAAUCUUGGUUCCCGGGGGUCAGGGUGCUCGUCCGGAGAAAGUUCCUUCCUCCCUGCUCGAAUUUCUCAAACGUCAAGCACCAGGUGCCAAACAUGUUCUGUCUGUUUGCACUGGAUCGUGGAUUCUAGCGCGAGCCGGCCUUUUGCAAGGCAAGAAAGCCACCACCAACAAGUCAGUAUUCAAGGCUGUUGUAGAAAAUAUCCAUGGGUACGGGAUCGACUGGAUUCCUAAAGCACGAUUUGUGGUGAACGACGACAAGAAAAUCUGGACGAGUUCCGGGGUCACGGCGGGGAUGGACAUGGCGAAUGCCUUCCUAGAAUAUCUCGUCGGGAAGGAGGCGGCCCUGCGCAUCAGAGGAAUUGUUGAGCUGAGCGCGAAAGAAGAAGGAGAUGACGAAUUCGCUGAAUACUACCAUCUUUUGUGA